ACUAAACGAUCUUUGGCGGCAGCGGCUAGUGAAACAGUGGUGGAGAAAGUUUAUUUAUCGCCCUCUUUGUUGUCACUGUGCCCCCUUUUUUUCAUUUACUGCGCCCACCUAAGUUAUUUCCCCAGUCCACCAUGAGGCGUACUACAAGAAGCACGAGAAAUAAAAUUGAAAGUGCUCAGGAAAAUGAAGAAGUUCAGUCGAAAACAGUGUGGCAGUGGAAAGGAGAUGAAGGACAGUGGGAACCAUACUCACUCGUAGACUGCGCCUUGCUGGACACGGCGGUCUCUUCGGGAAAAACCUCCGUCACUCUGAGUCUGGGCUCUGGGACGGCCUACGAAGUCGACCUGAAGAAGAUGGUCCAGAUUAAUCCCGUCACCAAGUACAAGAGGAAGAUUCGCUCCCAGGCAGUAAAACCAGAAAGUUCGAAUGACGCUGGAGACUCGGCCGCUUAUAAUGGGAGACCAGUUGACGUUAAAGAGGAAGAGGAGGAAACGAAAGAGCAACCAGCAGCUAAAAGAAAGAGAGGACAAAGCAAGAGUCAGACAAAAACUGAAGCAAUGCCCAAAAAGGAAAUAAAAAGUGAAGAGGUUGUGAGGACGGUGGUCAUGAAAGGAAAAGCUCCAGUUGACCUCGAAUGCAAAGCCAAACUCGGAAAGGCUCAUGUUUACUGUGAAGGAAAUGAUGUUUACGAUGUGAUGCUAAAUCAGACAAAUCUUCAGUUUAACAACAACAAAUACUACCUGAUCCAGCUGUUGGAAGAUGACAGCGCCAGGGUUUACAGUGUGUGGAUGAGAUGGGGCAGAGUGGGAAAAGUGGGUCAAAACAGUCUGACAGCUUGUGGUGGAGACCUGCUCAAAGCCAAAGAUAUCUUCAAGAAAAAGUUCCUUGACAAGACAAAGAAUGAGUGGGAAGACCGAGCGAGUUUUGAGAAAGUAGCUGGAAAAUAUGACAUGGUGUUUAUGGACUACAGUGUGAAUGAAAAGGAGGAGAACCAGACCACAGUGGAUGCUGUACCCAAAAAGAGGACCUCCACGCUGGAUGUGAAGAUCCAGUCGCUCCUGGAGCUAAUCUGUGACAUCAAAGCUAUGGAGGAGUGUGUGCUGGAGAUGAAGUUUGACACCAAGAAAGCUCCUCUCGGCAAGCUGACCUCAGAGCAGAUCCGCGCAGGCUACUCGGCACUGAAGAAGAUCGAGGAGUGUUUGAAGAAGAAGGGCAGCAGUCGUGAGUUGCUGGAAGCAUGUAACCAGUUCUACACCCGCAUCCCUCAUGACUUCGGGUUGAAAACUCCUCCAAUGAUUCGAUCAGAAGCCGAGCUUAAGGAAAAAAUAUCAUUGUUGGAGGCUCUGAGUGACAUUCAGAUAGCAGUGAAAAUGGUUCAGUCCAGUAAUGACAGUGACGAACAUCCUCUGGACAGACAGUACCGCUCCCUCCAGUGCCAACUGCAGCCUCUGGACUCCGCCGGCAAUGAGUACAAGGUGAUAGAAAGGUUUCUACUGUCCACUCACGCCCCCACCCAUUCUGACUACAACAUGACUGUCCUUGACAUCUUCUCCGUGGACAGAGGCGGGGAGAGUAACAACUUCCUCUCACAGUUGCACAACAGGACUCUAUUGUGGCACGGUUCCCGCCUUUCUAACUGGGUCGGCAUCCUCAGUCAGGGGCUCCGAGUGGCCCCACCUGAAGCUCCCGUCACUGGUUACAUGUUUGGAAAAGGUAUCUACUUUGCUGACAUGUCGUCAAAGAGUGCCAACUACUGCUUUGCCAACCAGAACAACCACGUUGGACUGCUGCUACUGUGUGAGGUCGCUCUGGGAGACUGUAACGAGCUGCUGGAUGCCGACUACGAGGCCCACAAACUUCCUCCUGGAAAACACAGCACCAAAGGCCUGGGACAGACCGGGCCUGACCCCAAAAACGCUGUCACACUGGAUGGUGUGACCGUGCCAAUGGGGCCCGGGGUGAAGACAGGGGUGGGUAAACAUAACAGUUACUCCCUCCUGUACAACGAGUACAUCGUUUACAACCCUGCCCAGACUCGCAUGAGGUACCUGCUGCGGAUCAAGUUCAACUACUCUUCACUGUGGUGAGGCAGUAUGGGGAUUUGGUCUCCUCAAACCAGGGAGUAAACGUCACUCAAGUCAUUUUUCAUGUGAAGUUAGAUACCGUACUGUUAAACCUAAAACUGUUUUUAAAAUCGUGGUUUAAUCAUUCAAGCAGAAAUGCCAAAUAAUCUGGCUGAAGCUUCUCAGGUGUGAGGACUUUCUGCUUUUGUUUGUCUGAUAUCUUUGGGUUUUGAACUGUUGGUUGACUAAAACAAGCAAUUUAUUAAAGUGGGACUGCAGGUUUACUGUGUGGCUGCCGAAGCUUUGGUAAGGGUAGAAGAUGAGGAUGGAUCCAUGUGAUACAGUAAGAAGAAAACAUGCUGAACAUUUUGCACUACUUUUUGUCCUUGUUGCUUUAUAUUGUGUACGUCCUGAUCAAUAUAAUCUGUAUUUUAUUGCAUAUUACAUGUGGCAACAUUCAUUGCAUUGCAAAAUGGCCUUAUGGAUCUAGUAGAUUAUCAGUCUCUCAGUUCUUUAGGCAGGUUUGACAUUAGCAUUUAUCCUGAAUAAUUACUUAAAUGUUAUCGAAUGUGUCUUAUUAAUGUAAAACAAAAAAAAAA